AUGCCACAGCAACUCGCCUUUGUCAUGACCGACGGUUCCGGAAGAAUCGGAUCCCCCGAGCGACAGUUGAUACGACGCCAUUGCAUGCGCCAGAAGAAUAAGCAGCCUGGGUCCCGGAGAUCUAAGCGCGAAGCUGCUCGAGUAGCUUCUCAACUGUCACACGAAUCUAGACCAGAAGACCAAGAGAUAAAUAAUUCCUCCGACCGUCUGUCCGUUCGGAAUCGAGUUGCGCCGUCCCCCGCCUGGCUUGAGAAGGCAGAGCAAACACGACUCUUCGUGAAGCGAUGCAUACUACCACCGCCCUCUGACUGGGCACUAUUUCACUUCCCAGAAGGACUAGACAAUUCUGCCCAGAAGUUAAUGCACCAAUACUUUAUUCAUAAUCCAAUCAGAGACGCCCUCUACCCAUUCAAGCACUUUGGCAUUCACAUUGACUUUAACGAGGACCCUUUUAUGUGUUUUCGACUACUCUGCUCUGAGCCACUCUGCUUUAGAGCCAUCCUGUUAUUAACAUCGGCUUCCAACGACUUGGUGUCGAGACAGCCGUUAUCUAGAACAACAUACCGACAUCUCCGGCGUGUUCUACCUCUUCUGAACCUCCGGCUAUCAGAAGAGGAUGCGUAUAAGAACGAUAUAGCGAUCUAUGUCGUUAGUAUCCUGGCUUCGAUUGCAGUUCUAUUUGGAGACUACAACGCGGCUCAAACACACGCGAUGGGCCUAUCCCGGAUUCUCCGGCUCCGAGGCAGUUCAGAAGCAGUAAACGAAAAUCCCGUGAUACAAUUCUCGAUGGAUAGGUUAAACUUUUCCAGUUCGCUCGUCACAGAACUGUGGACGCCCAUCUAUGGCGGUGUUGUAUGGGAGCCACCCAGAUUUCCCGCUGAAGUGAUGAAUAUUCAUAAAUCGCACAACAUGCUGUGUAUAGAUGGACUAGUCGAUCCAAAUCUGGCUGCCGUAUUCACUCACCUUCAACACACCGCAAUCCUCCUGAAUAUGCACCAUCACAGCAAGACGCCCGUCAAUGGAGCUUUAAUCCGGCAAUGCCUAGGAUUCGUGCAUUCUAGUAUCAUUGAUCUCGAGUCUCGUCUUGUAGACAACAUAUCCAAGUGCCUUCAUAUUGGGAUGACGGCCUUUCUCGCAACAACCUUUCGUCUUCCGGGUUCGCAUGAGCAUUAUUACUGCAAGAGUCUGGCCAAGAAGAUGCAGGCGUCAUACAAUGCUGCUAGGCCCUUACUCCAGGACCAGCACUUAAUCUUAGACAUCUGGUUGAUGCUAAUGGGGCAAAUUUGCGUUGGGUCAGGAGUUCGGUACCAAGGCGGGAGUUGGAGUCUGUCAGAACUUUCCCAGUCGGGCUGGGAUGAGACGCGGAGACAGCUGAAGAGAGUCAUGUGGAUUGACACGUUCCACGAUGACAUAGGGAGGAAGGCCUUUGAAACACUCACCCACUCCGGAUGA